UCAACAUCGGAUAAUGUCGAGAGUGACGGAGAUGGAAGAGGAAAGACUGGUGAUGCUUUCAAGUUCACACGUCUAAAUGGGAAACGUUUUAUUUUUUUAUAAAUAAGGCAAACAACGACACCUCUGUAACGGUUUUAUUUUUACGCAACUAAUAUUCUCGGGCUUUUGUUUUACUUAUUUUCACGAAUUUUUUUGAUAUUUCUAUCUUUUUUUUUUUUUUACAUCACCAAUAGUCUCCUCCAGGAGCGCGCGUCACCCGUGCGCCGCCAUGUGUGCCCUUCUUUCGGCGUGGCUGUGCUUGCUGCUCAGCCUCAUGCCUCUGGAGAUCCAGUCCCGGGGUCUGACUCUGCAGAGACCUCACAGACACAGGCUGACUUUUCCCAGAACCCCCAAAUACCCCAAGUCUUCACACCCCACCAUCUUGCCUACUGAGUCUGAUCUCUCUGCUGCCGUUGACAACGAGAUCUCCCAGGAGGACAGACACGUCAACUGGAGGGCCCUGCUGCACAAAGAGCCCCCGCCAAAGUUGUCUGACCCGUGGCUUGACCAAAGCCGCAAUGUGCUGCCGGAGGCGCCUGUCUGGCAGCGAGGGUCGCGGGGUCGUCGCCACGCCAACGCCAGCGGGAGGGGCCACGGUCACGGCCACCUGAUGAGGGUGGGCUGUGUCCUAGGCACCUGUCAGGUUCAGAACCUCAGCCACCGUCUCUACCAGCUGAUCGGACAGAGCGGGAGGGAAGACUCCUCCCCGAUUAACCCCCGCAGUCCUCACAGCUUCGGCUAAGGCCGCGCAGCAAAGACGCCUUCGUCGUCGUCGACCACCCCCGGAGGUCCGAUGUUUCCUCUGUGGUGCAGUUAGGGUCAAAAAAAUAAGCCUGUGAUGUCACAACUUGGUAUUCUAACUAUAGUUUUGACUAUAAAUCUCAUCGUUAUAAGUGACAUUGUACUCACCAUGUGAACUGCUGAAAUCUGAGAAAGUAUAGAGAAGUCAGAUCAUCAGGUUUUAAACGAACCCCCAGGUUGGACAAACAAGGUCAAAUCAAUGAGACUUGCAGAUGUUUCCAAAGCAGGCCGAACUUGUGCUGUCUGGGAGCACGAUGUACCGCUCAUCUUGUAGAAAAAAACGCCGCAUUUUGACCUUUGAACCUGUUCCAUACUUCUACUUUGCUAACCUUGGCUAACCCGGGCCCUUCUCCAACCUUUAGGCAAGGUCCCAAUACGGUUUGCUUAUUGAGUAAAGCCUUUGAGCUUCCUCUGAAAUUCACAGACAGUAAAAUUUGCCACACUCUUCUUCUACAUUUGUUGAACCCGUUUGACUUGUUGCUCACAAUUCCCAUUCAGAUCCAAGAGCCCAUCUGGUUCUCACUGGGAAUCAUUAUUUCAGGUUCUUUUUAGUCAAAACUAUAUGUGCGAACCUUGAACGUGAGCCUUGAAUUUUGAAAGUUUAGUUUGCAAAAUGUUACAAUAUCCAGCAGGUUUUGGUAAAUGGUUGCCACUCGCAGAAGGAAACGCCUGUAGGCAUCAACUCAAUUUGUUCCCAAUUUCUGUCUCUUGGAAAGUCAGACCUGCCCCAGCACUGAUACAAGUCAGAAUGUCUGGGAAAUACCAUAAUGAAGAGGACGUUGUUUAAUCGUCAUAAAAAAAAAGACAUCUGUGCCCGAUACCAUGUCUUCAGUAAAUGUCACGGCAAGCUUAGGUAGCACAUUAUUGCUAAUUGGUUCAAGUGUGCUCCGGUUUUGUUUUACUAGCUAGAAACACUGUGUUUGUGUUCCCAGGUCUCAGCAAUUAUUCUGAUGAGUACAGUGUUAUAGUAACUUAGUAAUACAGCGGUCAGUGAUGUUGAAUUAACAUGUAAUAAACCAUGAUUGCCUCUAGUUUCACAGAGGUGCGGACCACAUUGUUAUCGACCAUUGCUGCUAGUUUUGUCCUUUGUGUCAUGGCAUCCAUACAGUAACCACAAUUUAGACACUGUGUCCGUAAGUCAGGAAAAACUGUGAACGGGAGAGGCUCGUCUCAAACUGGCCUACCUGGCUAACGUCUACUAUCGUCAUCAAUGGUGAUCCUGCUGAUCUUAAUUUACCUGAGCUCAGCGCUAAUCCACGCUGUCCCUCAAAAGCACAUUCUGCAAACAAGUAGCUUUGCUUCAGUGCGAACAGAAACCAAGAAUAACCUCCAGUUAACCCUUCACCCAAAAGCCAGCAGUUAACACAAUCAGCCAAAAUAACCACUAACCCUAAUCCGUGGUCUGUCUGUGGACUUCUUAGCACACACUGGAGCUCGUCUUCAGUUCUCGUAAACCAGAAGGAGGGCAGCCCCACUGUAGACUUCUGUUUACCUGUAAACUGUACAGUGUUCUUCUUCUUUUUUCGUGUAUUUUUUUUUUUUUUUUUAGCCUUAAUGGCUUGAAUCACUUGUAAGGCCUUAUAUUAUAUUGCCUUUCAUAUGUCCAUAUUAAAGCAUCACACUGAACGUAGGCUACGAACGCUCUAUAUAAAGACCUCUGCUUUUCCUGCCUGUUUCAGUUCAGCAUAACUCCUGUUUCAGUAGUUCUCAGAUGUUAAUAGCAAUGCAUGAAAGCACUUUAUUUGUUCUUUACAUUCAGUAUGACUUGAAUUUUUAAACAAAGUGUGUUAUUUAACUUUACUGGGUCACUUUUGCUGUAAAUAUCCUACACUAAACCUUCAUGUUAAUGUUUGAGCUGCUACAAGGUACAAGUGUCCUUCUGUAAAACAUCUUUGCUGUUUUCUUCAAAUGAUUUGGUUUUAAAGUAACAGCGCCGUGUAAUAAAACUCUUACUUUUACUGUAUCUGACAGCA